CCAGAAAACAACACGGGCGGAGUCGAGAACCCAAGAGCGACGUGCGCGGGGACGAGAAGGAGAAUCGAGGUUCCGCGCGGGCGGAGACGAGAAGCAGCGCUCGGGCACGCGGGGACGGCGGCCGGCGCGGGCGGGCGCGGCCUUUGUCUCCACCUCCGGCGCGCUCCGCGGCUGCACCGGCCCGAUGAGCCCGCGGCCCCCCGGCGCUCGGGCCGCCCGCAGCCCCUGACCUGACCUGCCCUCGCCAUGGCCGAAGCCACCUCCAACGCCGGGGGCACGUCCCUGGAGGGCGAGCGUGGCAAGAGGCCCCCGCCUGAGGGCGAGCCUGCAGCCCCGGCGUCCGGAGUUCUGGACAAGCUUUUUGGGAAGCGGCUCCUGCAGGCUGGUCGCUACCUGGUGUCCCACAAGGCGUGGAUGAAGACGGUGCCCACGGAGAACUGCGAUGUGCUGAUGACCUUUCCAGACACGACUGAUGACCACACGCUGCUAUGGCUGCUGAACCACAUCCGCGUGGGCAUCCCCGAGCUCAUCGUACAAGUCCGCCACCACCGCCACACGCGUGCCUAUGCCUUCUUCGUCACCGCCACGUAUGAGAGCCUGCUUCGAGGAGCCGACGAGCUGGGUCUGCGCAAAGCAGUGAAGGCCGAGUUUGGCGGGGGCACCCGCGGCUUCUCCUGCGAGGAGGACUUCAUCUACGAGAAUGUGGAGAGUGAGCUGCGCUUCUUCACCUCCCAGGAACGCCAGAGCAUCAUCCGCUUCUGGCUGCAGAACCUGCGAGCCAAGCAGGGCGAGGCACUACACAACGUGCGCUUCCUGGAGGACCAGCCAAUCAUCCCUGAGCUGGCAGCCCGCGGGAUCAUCCAGCAGGUGUUCCCGGUCCAUGAGCAGCGCAUCCUGAACCGCCUCAUGAAGUCGUGGGUGCAAGCUGUGUGUGAAAACCAGCCUCUAGAUGACAUCUGUGACUACUUCGGAGUAAAGAUUGCCAUGUACUUUGCCUGGCUGGGUUUCUACACAUCAGCGAUGGUAUACCCAGCCGUCUUUGGCUCUGUCCUGUACACGUUUACGGAGGCUGAUCAGACAAGCCGGGAUGUAUCGUGUGUGGUUUUUGCCCUCUUCAACGUGGUCUGGUCAACCCUGUUCUUGGAGGAGUGGAAACGGAGGGGGGCGGAGCUGGCCUACAAAUGGGGGACGCUGGACUCACCUGGGGAAGCAGUGGAGGAGCCACGGCCCCAGUUCAGGGGUAUCCGGCGCAUCAGCCCUGUGACGCGGGCUGAGGAGUUCUACUACCCACCCUGGAAGCGGCUGCUUUUCCAGCUGCUCGUGAGUCUCCCCUUGUGCCUCACCUGCCUGGCCUGUGUGUUCCUGCUCAUGCUCGGCUGCUUCCAGCUGCAGGAGCUGGUGCUGAGCGUGAAAGGGCUGCCUCGUCUUGCCCGCUUCCUGCCCAAGGUCGUGCUGGCCCUGCUGGUCAGCGUGAGCGCAGAGGGCUACAAGAAGCUCGCCAUCUGGCUCAACGACAUGGAGAAUUACCGGCUGGAGAGCGCCUAUGAGAAGCACCUCAUCAUCAAAGUCGUCCUGUUCCAGUUUGUCAACUCAUACCUGAGCCUCUUCUACAUUGGCUUCUACCUCAAGGACAUGGAGCGCUUGAAAGAGCUCCUGCUCGUCCUGUCCCUGUCCCAGAGCCUCGAGCGGCAGCUUCGGGCGGUGCUGGUCCCGCUCGCGGCCCUGCGGUUCCGCCUGCUCCUCCUCUCCCUCCGGGGCCUUCUGCUCGUGGCCCGGGCCAAAAUGCUGGCCACUCUGCUGAUCACCCGCCAGUUCCUCCAGAACGUGCGUGAGGUCCUGCAGCCGCACCUGUACCGGCGGCUGGGCCGUGGCGAGCUUGGCCUGCAGGCUGCCUGGGAGCUGGCCCGUGCCCUGCUUGGCCUGCUGAGCCUCCAGCGCCCUGCACCCCGCCGCCUUGAACCCCAGGCCGAAGAGGGUGGCGGAGGCGGCAGCGGGGGCCGCAGGUGUCUCAGUGGGGGCUGUGGGGCACCUGAGGAGGAGGAGGAGGCUACCGUGGAGCGGCGGCCUGCGGGGGAAGGUGGGGAGAUGGGGGAUGGGCCCCGGGGAGGCAAGGAGGAAGAAGAGGAGGAGGAGGAGGAUGAGGAGGAGGAGGAGGAGGAGGAAGAUGAGGAGGAGGAGGGUGAGGAGAGCGGCCUCCUGGACUGUGGGCUCCGGCUGAAGAAGGUCAGCUUUGCUGAACGAGGGGCUGGGCGGCGGCGACCUGGCCCAGAGGCCCUCCUGGAGGAGGGGAGCCCCACUAUGGUGGAGAAGGGGCUGGAGCCGGGAGUAUUCACACUGGCUGAAGAAGACGAUGAGGCCGAAGGGGCUCCCGGCAGUCCCGAGCGGGAGCCUCCGGCCGUCCUGCUCCGCCGGGCUGGGGGCGAGGGCCGUGACCAGGGGCCAGACGGGGGCCCAGACCCGGAGCCAGGUUCGGGCGACUCAGCCCGGAGGCAGCGGCGACAGAAUCGGUCAUCCUGGAUUGACCCACCCGAGGAGGAGCACUCACCCCAGCUUACCCAGGCUGAGCUUGAGAGCUGUAUGAAGAAGUACGAGGACACGUUCCAGGACUACCAGGAGAUGUUCGUGCAGUUCGGCUAUGUGGUACUCUUCUCGUCUGCCUUCCCCCUGGCCGCUCUGUGCGCCCUGGUCAACAACCUCAUCGAGAUCCGAAGCGACGCCCUCAAGCUGUGCACGGGGCUGCAGCGGCCCUUCGGGCAACGGGUUGAGAGCAUCGGCCAGUGGCAGAAGGUGAUGGAGGCCAUGGGUGUCCUGGCAAUCGUGGUCAACUGCUACCUGAUCGGCCAGUGCGGGCAGCUGCAGCGCCUCUUCCCCUGGCUCAGCCCCGAAGCGGCCAUCGUGUCUGUGGUGGUGCUCGAGCACUUCGCUCUGCUCCUCAAGUACCUCAUCCACGUGGCCAUCCCCGACAUCCCAGGCUGGGUGGCCGAGGAGAUGGCCAAGCUUGAGUACCAGCGCCGGGAGGCCUUCAAGAGACACGAACGCCAGGCCCAGCACCGCUAUCAGCAGCAGCAGCGGCGGCGGCGGGAGGAGGAGGAGCGCCAGCGCCACGCGGAGCACCAUGCCCGGCGAGAGCGCGAUGCCAGCGGCCGGGAGGAGGCUCGGGCCGAAGGCUCAGGGCUGGACCCUGCUGCCCCUGAGAAGGCCUCUGCCAAGGCCAAGGGCAGUGGGGCAGGCGGCCACGGGCAAGAGCGGCCCAAGCGCCCGGGGUCCUUGCUGGCACCCAACAACGUCAUGAAGCUGAAACAGAUCAUCCCGCUGCAGGGCAAGUUCCUGUCGUCUGGGGCCGCAUCCUCACUGGCCAGCGCGGGGGCUGGCCCUGCCGCCCGGCCACCCCCUGCCCAGUCACCCACGGGUAGCGACACCCGCCUGCCAGCCUUCCUCAGCUUCAAGUUCCUCAAGUCACCUGAGACACGGCGGGACCCAGAGCGUAGCCACUCACCGCCCAAGGCCUUCCACGCUGGCAAGCUCUUUCCUUUCGGUGGGGCCCGGGCUGACGCCGGGUCCAACGGGGCAGGUGGGCAGGCCCGGCUGGAUGGGACCCCCAGCGGCGGAGGAGGCCGAGCCCAGCGGAGUGGGCCGGUGGACGAGGCUGCGGCUGAGGAGCCGGACGCCCCCCGGCCUGAAGAGGAAGGCUCAGGUCACAAGCUUUAACUCGGGGGUGGGGACUCUGGGCUGGGCUUUGCGGGAAGGGGUGGGGUGGCCAGGCCUGGGGAGAGGGGCUGAAGGGGACAGAGGAGGCCCGGUCUCUGUACCGGUUGGGAACCUGGGUACGCGGUACGUGGAGCCUCUCAGUCAAAGCCUGCUCAGUAUCUCCGGGACCCUUGACAGCCAAAGCCCCCUGUCCCGGCGGCCCUCCCAGGGCACCCUGCCCUCCAUGCUCUGGUGCCAGGAGAGAUGCAGGAGGCUUCUUCCCCACCUGGCUCAGCCUCUCCUGCCCCUAUGAGACCCCACACCCAGCUCAUUCUGGGGGGACUGGACCCCCCCCCGGGCCUCUAUGCAAGUCCCUAACCUGCAGCCCUGCUGUUCAGGGAGGCCUUCCUUGGAGGUGGGGGCCAGGGCUGCCUACCCAGGGAGCUCGGCGUGCUCGGCCACAGGCUGCACCCGGAUUCGCGCUGAGCAGAGGUGCAAGCCUCGUGCCCACCCGCCCCCUCCCCCUCCCCCCCCCCCCCCCAGCCCACUUUGCUAGCCCCAACCCCAGCCCAACCCAGCUCCAGGCUCCAGCAGCUCAUCCCCCAGGGAGCCCGAGAGGUGGCAGCUGCAACACCAGGGACGCAGGUCAGAAAUCAGAGGGACUUCCUCAGACUGUCCCCUCCCCCCCGUGACGGGGAGGGGCCCAGUGCCCAGAGGCAGGGGAUGCACCGGAAGACGCCCACCCCUUGUCACUGAUCAGAAGCAAUAAGGCCCUCGAGGUGCCUGGAAGCCCGGGAGGGAGCGCGGGCAGGGUCCGAGCGGGGUCCGGCGGCGGGGGCGGCACCCCCCCGGAACGGCCCCUCUCGCCUCCGCAGGGACAGCGCUGGCCCCCGUGGGCGCCCC